UAAAAUAUCAUUAUUUCAUAAAGAUAACAAUGUACGCUUUCCUUUGAUGUGAGACGACUGGAAUGAGUUUCGACACUGUUUUGCGCUUUCAUUUAUGCCGAGAGCCAAAAUCCCGCAGCGGUUACUUCCCCUAAUCAGUACACAAGACUGACGGAAAGGGCCGAGUAGUUGCGAUUGAAUUUCUUUAUCCGCAAACAUUUCAGUCGUCAUGAAUUCGUAAAGAAGCAUGUGACACGGUUAGGAAAAUGUAAUUUGUAAUUAAAUGUGCAAAGCUUGGAAGAAAGGGGCGGAGAAGGGCAGAGUCUAUACUCCAAAUAUCUGUGGCACAAAUAUGACUGAUAAACCGUUUGAAGAGUUGGGAGCAGUUGGGGGGCUUCAUGACAGUAAAGAAGAAACUUCGAGAAUAAAUACGAAUUUCAAGUGUGAACCUUGUCUCUUUGAAAACAUUGAAAAAGAAGCAAGUACUUUUUGUAUGGAUUGUUCCGAGCAUUUAUGUGCUAGUUGUGCUCGUGAACAUAGAAAGAAUAAACUGUCAAGGGAUCAUAAGUUGUUCGAAGGUGAGGAUAUUUCAGAUAAAUUUACAACAAUUGCGAUAAUGAAAAAGAUGAUGCAUUGCCCAGACCAUCCCGACACUGUUGUGAUGUAUAAAUGUGAAGAUCACGAAAAAUAUAUUUGCGUCACGUGUUUGGCAGAGUGUCACCGUAAAUGUAAUACGGUGAAUGAAAUCGCAAAAGCUAAAACCCCUGUAAAUGAGAACAUGAAUGCACGUGUAGAAAAGACAUUAUCUCAACUACAAGACACUGCAACAGCUUCAAAAAGAGAAUCAGAAGAGAAUAUAUCCACUUAUAAGGAUCAGCUGGCUAAAGUGCAAUUACAACAGCAAAGUCUUCUCAGCAGUAUUUAUGAAAAAUUGUCACAAGCAAAGGCCAAUCUUGAGUCCGAAACACUUAAUCUUGUUACAAAAGAAGUAAAUGAUCAUGAAAGGAAUUUAACGAAAUGUAAAGAAACAUGUGUCGAAGGACAAGAAUUUAGGAAGGUAUUUGAAUUUGUUAUGAAAUUUGGGAACUCUGUUGAGAGGAGUGUUAUCCCUAAUCUUAUAUUGAGCAGAGCGGAGGAUUUGUACGAAACAAUCAAAGCAGAAAAUAUGACAGAAAAGUCACUCAUUUUUGAAACAACACUUGACAUGGAAACAAUCGGAAAUAUUGCAAACGUAUCAAUGGUUUCCGCAUCUCUGAAUGAACAACAAGGAGCAAACACUGAUGUAAGUGUGUCCAGCGACGAAAUCCCUAGACCAGUUCAUACAUUAGAAGAAAAGGCAGAAUCAUCGGUGCAUUUAGGUCCAUCAAAAUGUAAUGCCACGACGCAAACCGAUGAAAUGGCUUUGCAGACUGGCAGUUUGGACACACGUGGCGGCUCCAGCAGUUCCAAUAUUACACAACAUCUUACUGAAAAUGUGAAAAUCCCCAGUUUGAUGAAAAGAAACAUAAAUCAGCUGGGAGUUUCUUAUAAAGUUCGAUGCCCAGGAGAUAAAGCACGUUGUAAAAUUUAUGCUUUAGAAAUUCUGCCUGACGAACGUUUAAUUAUGAUUGAUAAAGCAAACACGAAUCUAAAACUCUUUACAGAACAUUUUUCUCUAGUAUUUACAAAAGGUCUUCAUAAUGUGCCUUUCUACAUGUGUCAUGUAAAUGAUAAGACAGUCGCAGUUUCUUUUGAAAAGUCAAUCGAAACGUAUGAUAUUGAAACAUCUAAUGCUCACAAAGUAGGGCAUUUUCUGACAAAGACUGAUGUAUGUAGUCUUGCUAAAGUUGGAGAUGUCCAGGAAAUUGCUAUUCUAUUUGAGGAAAGCAAUAAACCUUUCAUUCAAAUUAGAAAUGCGAGAACGGGUCGCAUAUUUAAGACAGUCAAUUUUGAAAAUUCAUGUGGCGUCCCUUAUAAGUUUGGAGAGGACGGAUGUCUACGUUUGCUUUACAAGGGCGCUAUUGCAAUAAUUGUUUCAGAAUUUGAAAAGCUUCACUGUUACAAAAGUGCCAGCACUACUGGUUAUGCCGGUGAAAAUGAAAACGUUGUUCAGGAAUCUUGGUUCUAUAAAAGCCGUGAUGGGAGUUAUUUAAAAUUCAUAUCAUAUUUGACAGCAGACGACGAAGGUAAUAUUUAUGUGUGCGGGCGUGACUCUUACAAUGUACAUCAGAUUUCAAAAGAUGAUUACAGAAGAAACAGGAUAAUUAUUAGCAAUAUCAAAAAGCCCUUAUCGGUUGGUGUCAAUAGCAAAAGAGGUUAUGUGGUUAUUGGUUGUCAUGAAGAUGACUAUAUACAUGUAUAUAACUUUUGUUAGAUAGUUAAUUACUACAUGUUGUACUUUGAAUUAUAUUUUUCAAAUAGAACAAUAACCAUUUAGCAUUAACUUUAGCAAAAACUAGACUGUUGAUGAAUUUAGGGCUAUAUACACUGUUGGUGCGAUUUAUUUGUAGUGUUUGAGAACAGUGCAUAAUUUACAAUAUACCGGUACAUGUAUUAUGUAUUUUAGUUGAUUUGCGUUCUCCUUUUUAUGAAAUUUUUAUCGUUUUAUAUAAAAACAGUCAGU